GUCAACGUCGAAAGCUGCAGCAAAAUUCCUACGGAGACUGGGCAUUAACCGAGACUGAGUCUUCCACGAAUGAGCUAUUACUCCUGUCUCUGGGGUAACUGGGAGGGACAAGGGGGCAGAAAUAAAGCAGGGAUAAUUAGGGAACCAGACAGUAAAUGGGGGAACGUUAAAGGAAAAGCUGAAGAAACCGAUCGUAGCAGAACUAGGAGAACUCCCUUGGACACCUGUGGGAUCAUAGCUUGGGGAAUAAAGUCCCCUAAUGGGUCAAUUCAUUUAGAGGCUAACUGUAGGAGUUAUUGCUAGUUCCAUUUUUUUUUUAGAGUUUAGACGUUUAAUAAAUUGAAAACUAGGAGAACCUAGUCUGGCGAGGAGGAAAAAAAGGGAAUACGUCGAUUUAGGAAGCUGUGUUUUGGCAUAGAAUUUUGUGAUUCCUUUUAAUGGCAUUAUUUUCAUCCAUAUUAGUUCUUUGCAGGAUUUUCCUUCAAUGAGUUUAGAGCGGUUUUGUUACAAAUCAAGUUUUUGUGGGCAGUUUAGGUGUAGUUCUAAGAAUCUGAGUUAGAUUAGUCUUCUUCAGGAUGUCUCCUUUUAGACCAGUGCUCCUCGUUUUUCUGUUGUUCCUGUCCACCUCCGCCGUCCCCCGUAUUUCCCGUCGCCAGACGUCUAUUUGCCCCCAAGUAUGCGAGCUGUCCAGGUGCCCCCGUCCUCAGAUGCCCUGCCAAGCAGGCGAGGUGCGGGAUGCAUGUGGAUGUUGCCCGGUGUGCGGAGCAGCCGAGGGUGAGGCGUGUGGACAUCGCGGGGGAUCCCCGUGUGGAGAGGGUUUGGAGUGUGUCGUCCCUCGGGUUGGGGGGUCUUCGAGAAGGAAAGUUGGGGUGUGCGUGUGCAGUACCAGCGAGCCGGUGUGCGGCAGCGACGGCAAAACCUAUAGGAACCUGUGCCACCUCAAGGCCGAAAACAGACAGGCAAGGAGGAAGAACUCACCGCCUGCCAUCCACAUCCAGAAAGGGCCAUGUGAUACUGGCUCCCAUUAUCCUGACAGCAAGAGGUACAAGUUCAACUUCAUAGCUGAUGUGGUCCAGAAAAUAGCACCAGCCGUGGUACAUCUGGAGCUGUUUAGAAGGUCUCCAUUCACAGGUCAGGAAAUGGCGGUAUCCAGUGGUUCGGGAUUUAUCGUGUCUGAAGAUGGCCUCAUAGUGACGAACGCACAUGUGCUAACGAACAAACAACGCAUUAAAGUGGAAGUGAAAGACGGGGCCCAUUAUGAUGCUAAAAUAACGGAUAUUGACCAGAAACUAGACAUAGCGCUAAUCAAGAUUGAACCAGAUGCCCCUCUUCCAGUUUUGAUGCUGGGAAGAUCGUCUGACCUGAGGCCAGGAGAGUUUGUGGUGGCUCUGGGAAGCCCCUUCUCCUUACAGAACACAGUGACCACCGGAAUCAUCAGCACCACCCAGCGAGGAGGCAAAGAACUAGGACUGAAAGAUUCCGACAUGGAUUAUAUCCAAACAGAUGCCAUCAUUAACUAUGGAAAUUCCGGAGGGCCGCUUGUGAAUUUGGACGGGGAGGUUAUAGGUAUAAAUACACUAAAGGUGACGGCAGGAAUAUCUUUUGCCAUUCCAUCUGACCGUAUCAGGCAAUUUCUGGCAGAAUCACAUGACAGACAACUUAAAGGUAAAUCACCUCCAAAGAAGAAGUACAUGGGGGUACGAAUGCUUCAACUUUCACCAAACUUAAUCCGCGAGCUCAAAUUGCGUGAUAAAGAUUUCCCCGAUGUCAAUUCUGGAGUUUACGUUUUUGAGGUUAUUCAAGGAACAGCUGCAGCGAGUGCAGGGAUGAAGGAUCAUGAUGUUAUUAUCAGCAUUAACGGGAGGACAGUGACCACUACUGAGGAGGUCAGCGAGGCCGUGAAGAAUAACGAGGCACUUUCCAUGGUGGUGCGGCGAGGGAAUGAAGACAUCAUCCUGAGCGUGGUGCCUGAGGAAAUGGGCUAAGGACAUCUCCAGCCUCCCAACGUCAAGACGUUCUACACCAGGAUCUCUUUACGCUAAGUGCAUUGAGCACUGAAGCUUUAGACUUGGAAACCAUUAAUCAACUGGUCUUUGAGCAUUUAUCAGAUGGCUAUUUAAAGCCGUGAUCUUCAUGGGGUGGAACAAAAACACAGGGAACUGUAGUGAACUGUAAUAAGCCGCUAAGUAUGAAAAUACAAAAGACAGAAGACAAAUUAUGUAGGGUAUACAUGAUGAGUAAUAAUGCACCUGCGGUCAAAAUUAAUUAAUCUGAUUAAUUUUUGAAUAGGUUUUAGAUUUCACCUCUUCCAUGUGAAUUAUAAAAACUUAUAAACAGAGAACAAAUAAUGAAUCAGACACAUGUGAAGAGAACACAGAACAUGAUCGUUCCAUAGCGGGGAGAGGUCACUGUGUGUAAAAUAUUAAUACCCAAGCAAAAAAAAAAAUGCCAAUACAGAUAUUUUUUAUAUUGUUUAUAAUAUAUAUAUAAAUUUUAAAUAAUUAAAUUUAGUUAGAAUAAGAAAAAAAAUGAGAAUUUGACAUUUUAACAACAUUUUAGUCAC